CACAAAAAGUCGACAAAACACAAAAAUGGAACGUUUUUAUGUCACACACACGUAAAAACUAAAAGUUAAUUUUUUGAACUUUAUUUUUUUCACACGAAAAUAAGUGUAAUAAGGAACUGUUAAUGAAACGAUUCAACAUUACAAUCAAUUAUCUACGUACCUACGCACUGAUAUCGACAAAUUCCACGAUUCCGCACUGGAUUCGAGUUGCUUGAAUACGGGUCAAACAAAACUAAAACUAAAAUUCACUUUCCUCUAGUCCUUUUGUUCAAUAUAAAUUAUAUAAACUUCUGUGAUGUAAACAAUGUGUAAGUGAUUUCGAAGAGUUAAUAAAUAGAAAACUAUAAUAGCCAAACCAAUCAGCUAUUGCAAUUGAUUAUAAAAUCCAGUGGCAGAAAUUAAGCAAAAGAGGUUUUGUGUUAUUUGACAGAAUAUAUUUUUUUCUUGAUUGAGAAUGACGUUCAAGGGACACGUAUUAGUAUUAGGCACUGUGAGAUAAUGAAAAAUUUUACGAAUUUCAAUGUGAAAAUUGAAAAUUUAACCGUACCUUCGAAGUGAUAUUGUGAUACAGAAUUGACAAUUUAAUAAAAAAAAACCAAAAUCAAAGCAAAAGUAAAAAUCAAUCCACCAUGAAAUUAACAUUUUUCGAAUUGUUUUUGCUGGUGUUUUGUUUGAUCCACGUAGUAUUCGGUGAAUUGCAGGGUCCCCCAAGCGAAACUAACAAUCGAAUUAAAGAUAAAGGGGACAAGGAGGAAGACUCAAAGACUGUACAAAAUGAUCGGAAGGCCGAUGAAAUGGUCAAAGACGAUGCGUCAAGUUCAACAUACAGUGGAUUUACGCCGGAAGAGGUGAUCAAACUGAUUCAAUCGUCGAAUUUGGAACAGGACGUCGAACAGAAUAAGAUGACGGAUAUGCUUUCGAAGCUGGUCGACACCUAUGCCAAAUACAUUAACGAAAUUGAAGACAUGGAUCACACCAUCGAAGAGUCAAAAGUCGAAGAUGAGCCUCCGAAAGAACUUACACCCGAAGAAAAGGAACUCGAAAGUCUGUACGAAACUGCGAUGAAAAUUUUGAACAGAACUCGAGGCGAUAAAACCGCUGCUUAUGCUGUACUAACUCAGGCAGCUGUCAAGGGUCACGAAAAAGCCCAAGCGCAUAUUGCCUGGGCCCAAUUGCUCGGAAACCAUAUGGAUCGUAACAUUGAAAUGGCGAAAGAAACGUUCGUGAAACUAGCCGAGAACGGGCUGCCCGAAGCUAAUUUGGGCCUCGGCUUUAUGCAUGCCAGCGGAAUCGGUUUCAAUGUUAGCCAGGCUAGGGCACUUGUCCAUUACACAAUGGCAGCACUGGGUGACAAUUCAUUCGCUCAAAUGGCACUGGCAUACCGCUAUUGGGCUGGAGUGUCCGUACCAAUAAGCUGCGAAAAAGCGUUGGAGUUUUAUCGUAAAGUUGCCACAAAAGUGGCGUCCAAAAUUACAUUUUCUGGUGGAGCGGCUGUACAUAGAAUUCGUUUGUUGGACGAAGUUGAGAAUGCUGGAGUUAGUCCGGCCAUUCUUGACAAUGACUUAAUCGAAUAUUAUCAACUAUUGGCUGACAAGGGCGAUGUACAAGCUCAGGUCGGUCUCGGUCAGUUACACUAUCAAGGUGGACGUGGAAUUCCGUUGGAUCAUCAGAAAGCCGAACAAUAUUUCACGUUGGCUGCAAAUGUUGGUAAUGCGGUAGCAAUGGCAUAUUUGGGAAAAAUUUACCUCGAAGGAAGUGAACAUAUCAAAGCCGACAAUGAGACUGCGUUGAAAUUUUUCUUCAAAGCUGCCGAAUUGGGAAAUCCAGUCGGUCAGAGUGGUCUAGGCAUUAUGUACUUGCAAGGGAAAGGCGUUUCGAAGGAUACCAGCAAAGCCUACAAUUACUUUACACAAGCUGCGGAACAGGGAUGGGUCGACGGACAACUGCAGCUCGGCAAUAUGUAUUUCAGUGGAAUCGGCGUCAAGAGAGACUUUAAACUAGCAAACAAAUACUUUAACUUGGCCUCACAAUCCGGCCAUGUUCUCGCUUUCUACAAUCUGGCUCAAAUGCAUGCCGUAGGUCUUGGAAUGAUGCGAUCCUGUCCAACAGCGGUAGAACUGUUCAAAAAUGUGGCCGAACGCGGAAAGUGGAGCGAACGUCUGAUGCAAGCGCAUACAGACUACAAAUCAUAUCGAUUUGACGAUGCAUUCAUGCAAUACGCCUUUACGGCUGAACUGGGCUACGAGGUGGCUCAAAGCAAUGCUGCUUUCAUUUUAGAUCGUGGCGAAACGACACUGUUCAAAGAUCGAUAUGAGGAUCUAGUGCGUGCGUUGCAGUAUUGGGGAAGAGCCGCUGCUCAGGGUUAUUCGGCGGCACAAGUAAAAUUGGGAGACUACCAUUACUAUGGUCUUGGUACAAGCGUUGAUUAUGAAUCAGCUGCGUCGCACUACAGAAUGGCAUCCGAUCAACAUCAUAACGCACAGGCUAUGUUCAAUUUAGGAUAUAUGCAUGAACAAGGCUUGGGUAUGCAAAAAGAUUGGCAUUUAGCCAAACGAUGUUAUGAUUUGGCUGCAGAAACUAGUGUCGACGCCAAAGUUCCAGUUGCCUUAGCACUCAUGAAGUUGUCGUUAAUGUUUAAGAUGGAAUCUAUCCGUGACAGUCCCUUUCGAAUACUUUUGCAACUCGACGAAAAUAUCGCGUCCAAUUGGGACUUGUAUCUCAUUACAAUUCUUACACUGCUACUGGGUAUGGUCAUUUAUCUACGGCGUCCUCCUGCUCCUGAACCACUACCAAAUCAACCGCAAGCUGAACAGCCACAACAAGCAGCAGCACCGCAGCAACAGCAACCACAACAACCACAAUCAACGUCGCAAGAGCAACCAAUUACACCAGCAUCCCAGCCAACAUCGCAAACCCCAUCUGCGGAAGCACCACAAUCCACACAACCAUCACAACAAUCUCAAUCGGGACCUGUUGAUAACAAUGCUCCAGCUGGUCAAUAAUUGUUUUGUUUUCUGUGAAUUUUUAAAAAUUGAGCCAAAUGCAAGCAAAACAGAAUCGAAAUUUUCGAAUGUAAAUAAAUAAAGAAAAAAUGUUGUUUCUUACCACUAAAAUGAGACGUCGAGGCAGUCAUA